AUGUCUGAAUGUGGGAGAACUGCUCUCAGUAUAUUGCUCCUGCUCACUGUGGCCCAGGCUCCACUGGAUGUGACAGCAGGGAAGAUCCUCGUCUGGCCAGGGGAAUUCAGCCACUGGCUCAACAUCAAAGUCAUCAUAGAUGAACUAAUAUCCAGAGGACACAGUGUGACUGUUGUUACCCACAGUGCUACACCAUCUGUAAAGACAACUGAGCAUCCGGGCUACAAUGUGGAGGUAAUACAGGUACCUUACACCAAGCAGCAUAUCAUUGACAUCAUGUACAGAUUUCGAAGGUACUGGACAUACGAUCUGCCCAAAGAUAACAUUCUCCAGGCAUCUCUAAAGCUCAAGGAGCUGACUGAUGUGACCAUGGAACAUAAAACGAUACUGUGCAGGAAGCUCUUUGCACAUGGAGAUCUCCUAGAGAAGUGGAGUAAGGAACAGUUUGAUGUUCUUCUGACAGACCCCAUGACUAUGUGUGGAGAACUGCUGGCACAGAAGUUGAACCUGCCAUUUAUCAUCAGUCUGAGGUUCUCAUUUGGAAGUGCUGCAGAGCGACUCUGUGGACAGCUACCAGCACCACCCUCUUAUGUGCCAGGGGUUGGCAUCAAGUACACGGAUCACAUGGGUUUCCUCCAGAGAGUGAAAAACUUUUUAUAUAUCUUCUCCCAAGAUCUUCUGUUUAGUUUUGUGGCUAAAAUAAAAUGGGAUUCUAUAUAUACCGAGAUCAUGGGCAAACCCACAACCCUGUGUGAGACAAUAGGAAAGGCUGACAUCUGGCUGAUCAGAACCUAUUGGGACUUUGAUUAUCCACGACCAUCCUUGCCAAACUUCAAGUUUGUGGGUGGGCUGCACUGCAAGCCUGCAAAGCCUCUGCCUAAAGAGCUGGAAGAAUUUGUUCAGACCUCAGGGGAUGAUGGCAUUGUGGUGUUUUCACUGGGCUCCAUGAUAAAGAAUCUCACCAAAGAGAGAGCCAACACCAUCGCCUCAGCACUUGGGCAGAUCCCUCAAAAGGUCUUGUGGAGAUACACAGGAGAUAAGCCAGAUACUCUCACUCCUAAUACAAGAUUGUAUGACUGGAUUCCCCAGAAUGACUUACUAGGACAUCCUAAAACCAAGGCCUUCAUCACCCAUGGGGGGACUAAUGGGCUGUAUGAAGCUAUUUACCAUGGAGUCCCAAUGGUGGGUUUACCACUGUUUGUUGAUCAGCCAGAUAACAUGAACCACAUGAGAACAAAGGGAGCAGCUGUAAUGCUUGACUUCAACAAAAUGGAGUCCAAAGACCUGAAGGAGGCUCUCACUGAUGUUAUACACAAUCCAUCGUACAAAGAGAACAUAAUGAGACUCUCCCGGAUCCACCAUGACCAACCUAUGAAGCCUCUGGAUCAGGCUGUCUUCUGGAUCGAGUAUGUGAUGCGGAACAAGGGGGCCAAGCACCUGAGGGUAGAAGCCCAUAACCUCACUUGGUACCAGUACUACUGCCUGGACGUGGCUGCCUUUUUACUCUCCAUAACUGCACUGGUCAUGUUCAUCUUUGUGAAAACAUGCAGUUGGCUCUUCCGUAAAUGUUUAAGAAAGACCACAACAAGAAAGAGCAAGAAAGAGUGACUAAGUUAGAGUAUAUCACUGUAUUAGUUAUUAUGGGGUGUAAAAUGCUGUUAAUGUACACUAUAAAUGCAGUAGUUUCCUAUGUGUAAGUUUGAUCUAUUGCAGCGAGUUUUAAUUCCUUGACCAAUCAGAACAGUGAUUUCAGCACAGUGUUUAAAUAAGAUAUGCUUCACUAAUUAUUUUUGUUCAUCUUUGCAUCACUCAAAGGUCAUGGCUUUAUCUGUCUUGUAUAGUGUUUUGCUUUAAACAAAAUAAAAAGUAAAUUUUAUAACUUUUAUUUGUUACAUUA